GGUUUGCAAAUUGAAUGGAGUACUGGCAUUCCCUGCAGCUAAGAUGCUUUAUAUGCACCGCUUCUGCUCGCUGUCCCUGCAGGCAUAAAUCACACCCUCGGCACUCCCCAGGAGACUCUGCUGAAGCAGUUGCAUAGCUUCAGCAAUGGGACAACAGUGUCUCAGCUCCAAGACGGGUGUUGGGAAGACCAUAAAAAUACAGUGAACAGGCAAAGUGGUUGUAGAUGGUUGUAAUACGGUUAUCAGGACAACACAAGAUAUACCUGGUUCCAGGCCCAAACAACUGUGGAAAUGUGCAUUGUUUCUUUGGGAAUUAGGUCAGUGCCUCUUCUGGUAGAAGAAGUUGCAGGUAACCUCUCAGGAGCCAGUGCCUCAUGCUGGCUUUUUCUUCACAAUCAAGCAGUCUUUACUUUCUCCAGCAUCUUCAGAUUGUACUUUUUCCUGCAGUCAAAAAUAUCUCCCUUCCCUUGUCACAGAGUCUAUGCCUUUUUGUCACUAUUCCAAUUAUUUUGAGUUGUAUGAUAUAAUAGCAUUACCACUAUCUGCGUGCUCUUGUGGAAAAUUUCAUCUCUCUCCCAAAAGCUGGAAAAAUACUGUAGUUUCAGUCCACCCACCACCUGUUUGAACGUGAUGACAUUACAGCAGUCAUCAAUUAAUAUCCCUUGUCCUUAGUCCAGAAAAUGCGUAAUGCAGUUCUGCAGCAGAAAGCUGACUGACCUCAUUAAGAUCUGAAAACUAUUGUGUAAGAGAUUUCAUAAAAUAGUUCAUAAACUGUUUGUAGAGAUCCCCUGAAUCACUGCUUAAGCCUUUAAAUUGUAAGAGCACUAAUUAAAAAGGGGGUUUGGGCGAGGUUACAGUAGAGAAUGGAGGAUGGGAUAUGACAAUAAUAAAUUCAAUUCAGAAAUAAAAGGAGCAAGCACUCAUUGUGACUAGAAUUUGAUCUGCUUGCAAGAAUCAAGAGCUUAACUCGAUGGUAAGAAUCAAGUUUCACGUUUGGUUUCACCCCAGCCUUGUAAUCAUGGGCUGCUUUAUUUAUUUAUUUAUUUAUUUUAAUCUGUUACAGGCUGCUGUGGCUGGCAGGGUUUGAGAUGUGACUCAGAAGAGUGUUCUCUAGUUAACAGCAUUUGCCACUCACCUUAAAAGUUACAGCUCUUUAUGGGAAAGAGGAAAGAGAAGGGAACACAAAGCAGCGGAAGUUUAGGGAUUUAUACAAUUCUUAGCUCCGCUUUGGGUCUGCCAUCAAUUGAGUGGAUUAAAUAGGAAAUGUACUUUUAGUCCUUCUUACAACAUGUUCCACAGCUGGUUCUGUUUUCUGUUGCAGUGGCUCUUUUUGCGUGCUGACGCCUAUUGCACAAGACAGAAAAGUUCCUGGCACCACUUCUGUUACUGUGAAAAGUCUUUAUAAAGUACAUUUCCCUGCCACGUUCUCCCUCCUCCAUCUCAGGGGAUCGAGCUCACAAACGGGGACAAGACAAGGAAACAUUUGCAUGAGGAUCAGCAGCACCGUACCUGGAAAAUAUCAGUAUAACAGUAGAGGUCCCGUCUGGUAACAUACAGUCACCUUCAGCAGGUCAUGGUGGAAAGCAUGAAACCAGUCAAGGUGACCCUGCAAAAAGCCUGGCUUGAUGUGACGCUUUGAAACUGCUGCUACAACAGACGGUGUGACUGGGGGAGUGUGGAGGGGCAGGGCUGUGCAUACCCAGCUGUGAAUACCUGGCAAGGACAAAACCCCUUGGGAGAGGCAGGUGCGCUGCCUAACAUUGCAACUGUGCUUGCGGGGACUAUGUGGAGCUGUCAGAAAAUCAGGCUUCUUUCUGUGCACCAUACAACUGCUGCUGCUUUACAAACAACUGAGGCAUAUAUUUAUUAUUCUGCAAUUACCUUUCAGUGUGGAAUUGUGAGACAAUUCUACAAGAUUCCCUCAGGUAAAGCAGCAUCUACCCCUGAUGCUCAUCUGCCGCCUGCCACUGUAUCCGUCACCUAAGCACAGCCUCUGGGCCUCCUCUCUUCUCCCUCCCACCAAAAUGGUAUCCUCCUGUAGGGACUUCAGCUGCAAGCUGUUCCUAGGAGAUUCUCCUGUUGACAAAGUCAUAUAUGGCCUUUGCUGGCCAAAAUCCUGGACUCCUCCUUGUGUCACAUGCUGCAUGCUAGAGGGAGGUUGUUUCAUGGCCCAGGAGAUGCAGUGCUUUUUUGCAUAGUGACUUCUAGACAAACUCAUGCAUACAUUGUGGACGGUAAGGGACUCUGGCACAAAACAGAAGGCACAUCAGUCUCACUGCACAGAUGGGUCAUCAGCGUCUGCCUCUUGGGUAGCAUGUGAUUCACAGUUUAAUAAAAGAUAUCUCAUGCCAGAAGAAGCAGAAGCAGCAGAAAAUAAUGAAAACUGAAAUAAGAGUAGCCUGAUCUGAAGUUAGCCAAGGCUAUGAUAGAAACACAGUUGUUAUUUUGAUCCCAGCUGAGGGUAAGAAUGCCUCCAGAUAUUGAGAGCCCUUCCUCCUGGGACAAAUCUGGGACUCCUCCAUUAUGUUCAGCUUUUCUUCACAGCUGGUGUGAGUCCAAAUAUUGCAAGGUACAGCUACAGAUCCAGGAAGUUUCAGGAGACAUGCUACUUUGCACAUUGACAACUUGCCAACUGAAACGUCAUCCCUACUCUCAGUAAACUAUCUGGUGACUGUAGUCACUACAAAAUGACAUCCUGUAACUUGCUGAGAAAGGGAUGUGUUUCAGCUCUACCUCUUUUCUGGUCAGACUUCUUUCCCCUUUAAUCUGAGGGAGACAGUACUGUUACUUAUUUAUACACACUAUUAUAUGUUUGCAUAACCCUAGCAUCUCAGAACCUGCCAGAGAACUGGGGACCGUACUCUGCCACAGAGAGUAGAAAUACAGAACAUCUUGACCGAGGAUUGGGCACUAAUAGAAGUGCAAAAAUGUGUAGAGAACAGAUAUCUGCUGCAAACAAAAUCAGAUUAAGUUUUGUCUAUGUAAUUCACAACAUCUAAAGCAGACCAUGCUCAUCACAAUCCAAAAGUCUUGUCACAGGAGAGGACGAUGAGAUGCUAAAGCUGGCAGGCUCUGACCCUUGCUGUUUGUUAAGUCAGUAUAUUGAGUUCUCCCUCUGGGAGGUUUGAUACAGAUACAGAACUGAACAAGUGAUAUUUCUUCUUCCUGCUUGUAUAUUUUGGCUUCUAUUGCCCUUCCAUGAAUCUGCAGACUGCUGGCCUUAUCUCUUUGUAACAUUUCAGGAUUGUUGGCAGAUUUUUAAACUCAGAAAAAAAUGGAAAACUGAAAACUAAGCCAAGGAGCUGAGCAGAAGUGUCAUGGAGAUGUGACAGAGGCACUGUGCCGAGGCAGAAGGGACCAGAAGGUCCCCCUUUAUUCAGAGGCAAUCACAUGUAGCAAUAUUUCUUUCAGCUAUUAGCUUCCUAUAAUAAAUUACAGUGGAAAAUCAGUCCUUGGAAAAUAAUCUUAAAAAAUUCUGCCAAAAGCUUCACAACAAAGUCUUGCAAGUUUCCAAAAUAUGAUGGAAAAUAUCCUUUGGGGUCAGCAAGCUGAACUGCAAGCCCUUCCCAGGACUGCAAACAGAAACACAGAGAGAUGGACCCAUUCCAACAGAGGCUGCUGGGACCAGAAGCAGCAAGGGAAGAGGCCACAGCAAACUGCUCUCGCUUCAGGCACGGCACUGUCUGCGGGGAGGGCGGCAGCCGCUCCCGAGCAGGGCUGCUAUGGCCCAGGUGCCGUUCAACGCCUGGCUGGUCCUGUGCGUCUUUGCUGGAUCCCAGAGGCUGACAGAUGAACAUCUUCACAGCAGGGACGUUACUGGUGCCAACACACCCCAUCGUAGCCCAGAGGACACCAACGUCAUGUUAGAGAUGCUCUGGGGAGGGCUGGAUAUUCAGGCCAAUGGGACAAUUCGGCUGCAGGAUGAAGAGCUGGCAUCCCUGCGUCCAGUACAGCGGUUCAUGCAGAUUUUAGAGGAUGAAGUUCCCAAAACACCAUCAGAGAUUGAGCAUUAUCUGAGAUAUUACUCACUGACUGAUAGCCCCUUGCCUCUAACAGAGUUUGACCGUCUCCUUUUCACCAGCCUUUACUGUGCCUAUCAGGUUCGCUCCGUACAGGGUCUGGAUAAAAAUCUCUGGAUUAGCUUUUUCUCUCAGCUGGUUGAUGAAAUAUUUCGUGACCUGUGCAAGGGGCUCUGCCCUGCAAAUACCACCCUCCUCCCGGCCUCCUGGCCCUGGAAGGAGAAGCCUUCGCAUUUAGCAUCCCUGAAACAUUUCUAUCGUUCUAACUUGGCAAGGGCCAAGAGAGACACUUAAUAGGGAAACCGCCAUAGGAAAGGACACACCUGACUUCAGUAUUUUGAAUGCUUUCCACAUUGUUCAGGACCUUGUACAAAUAUGCCACACCUUUUUGUCCUGCUUUUGGUGUUGCACUGGCAAGCUUCUAAGUUUUUAUACACAAUAUUUUAUUUUUAAAUCAAACAGGACAAAACUAUAAAGUGCAUGUCAGCCUUUCCUGUUUUGUUUUGUUUUGUUUUUUGUUUGUUUUUGUUUUUAGUGGGCUGUGCUGAAGGAGGCAGUGCUAUUUAGAUGUUUGAUUAAUAUAUAUCUUGAUCACUGAUGUUUACUGAGGAGAUGCCCUGGCAGUUUUUUUCCAAGAUGUUACACUGGUGUCCCAGCUGACUUCAGUUCAAAUAAUUAAGCUCAGCAUCCUCAUAUUCCCCGUGUGGUUUCAGCUGAAUACAGUAUCUUUUUUCCUCUCCAGUAACCAGCUAAGCAUAUGCUGUUGUGUUUCAUGAUAUAGGCCGCAUAUUUAAUUUCAGCUUUCUGCUCAUGUGGCAUCAAAUUUUAUGUGUCCACAGUAAUUUUCCAUCUGACGUAUUCAUUUUUCUUUAAAAAGCCACCUGAAAAUGUAUGUAUUCCAUGAAGCUUUCUAGUAUUUGCAUAUCAUAUUUACACAUGUACGUUGCUUUGUGUCGGGUAUCAGUUUGGAAUAUACUUCCUUAAAUCUCAUUUAAAUUCCUAAAGAUUGUGACCUAGUUAUUUCUUCAGCAGAUUUUACCUCCUCUAUGAAGUUUUCUGUACGGCUGUGACACUUUACAAGACAAAUAUAAUAAAUGUACAAUCUCUAUCCUCAAAAUGAGAAAUACAACUAUUUUAUGGAAAGAGAUUAUUAACUUUUCUCUGUCUUACAUAUUGCAGUGUGGAAUUAAAUAAAUUACCUAUUUGGGUAGGGUUUUGAUUUUA